AUGGAGGCUAUCCUUCUCCAGUUAGGGAUUGGCCUCAAUGCUCAAGACGAAGAAAGCCGUGGAAUCCUGAAGCUUGAGAUUGGCUCCUUCAUGGACAGAGAUGUCCCCGUAAUCUAUCGACCUUUUUAUGAUGUCCUCGAUACAGGUUUUAUGUGGGGUAUGGACCCAGGAUUAUUUGACCUACCUGAACACACCCAUCAUGAACACAACCUGGUAUUUCGAGACGCCAUUGAACAGACGGGGGAUCUGGCACUGGCGAUCCAGGCUGUUUUGACACUACUCUUCCAGAUGACUUACUACUAUCUCAUGGACGAAUACAACGUUGCGGUGCCAAUUACAACCACGCAUGCAGUCAUCCCGGUACGAUGGCUAGGGCUGAAGCUGGUCAUCAUUCUUGUGGCUGUACACCUCUUUCUGAUGUUCUUGAUAAUAUGCCCCUUUUCAAAGUGGACGAGAGUAUCUGCACUGGGUAAUGCAUGGCAGGCGGUUGCACAUGCAGCCUUCAAGACCACGGAUUUCGAGUCGGCAGAUACUGCGUUGGACAAAGAGGUGGAGAAUUGGACGAAGGUUACGGGACGGGAUAGUGAAAUCUUCAUACUGUCACGCACUGCAGACGGUGAUAAAAUCAAAUUUUCUUGCAGGAACCGGGGAACAAUGGGGGAAACCCUCCCUUAA